ACGCCAUCUCGAUCUGGCUAUGCCCCGUUCAUUGUGGUCUCAAUCCGUUGUCCUAGUCAGAGCUUCCCUAAAACAAAACUAUUUCCAAAAUAAAAGGAAAAACCUCGCUUCAUCCGUCGCUCUGUUUCUCUACUCUGCUUCUGGCCAUGGCCGACUCGCCGCCGCCCUCGCGAUUCGGCCCCCCCUUCCCCCUCUUCCUCCUCCUCGUCGUCGCCGGUUACUUCACCGCCUCAGCAUUAGCGGCGGGGGAGCUGAGCCAGGUGGUGGGGAGGGGGACGGAUGGCCCCUACUUCGAGCCGUUCAACGUGAGCUACGAUCAUCGCGCGGUGCGCAUCGGCGGGCAGCGGAGGAUGCUCGUCUCAGCGGGAGUGCACUACCCCCGCGCCACACCCGAGAUGUGGCCUAGUAUAAUUGCAAAGUGCAAGGAAGGUGGUGCAGAUGUAAUUGAGACAUAUGUCUUUUGGAAUGGGCAUGAACCAGCCAAAGGUCAGUAUUACUUCGAAGACAGAUUUGAUCUUGUGAGAUUUGUGAAGCUGGUUGCUGCUGAAGGCCUAUUUUUUUUCCUUCGUAUCGGCCCAUAUGCUUGUGCUGAAUGGAAUUUCGGUGGUUUCCCAGUUUGGUUACGUGAUAUCCCUGGCAUAGAAUUUCGUACUGACAAUGAGCCAUACAAGGCUGAAAUGCAGACUUUUGUGACAAAAAUUGUAGACAUGAUGAAAGCCGAGAAGCUUUACUCUUGGCAAGGUGGUCCCAUUAUAUUGCAGCAGAUUGAAAAUGAAUAUGGGAAUAUUCAAAGCAAGUAUGGUCAAGCAGGCAAGAGAUAUAUGCAAUGGGCAGCUCAGAUGGCACUUGGGCUUGAUACUGGCAUUCCUUGGGUGAUGUGCCGGCAAACUGAUGCUCCGGAACAAAUUCUUGAUACUUGCAAUGCAUUUUACUGCGAUGGGUUUCAGCCAAAUUCUUACAAUAAGCCAACGAUAUGGACUGAGGAUUGGGAUGGAUGGUAUGCCGACUGGGGUGGACCAUUACCUCAUAGGCCUGCCGAAGACAGUGCUUUUGCUGUUGCUCGUUUCUACCAACGCGGCGGAAGUUUUCAGAAUUAUUAUAUGUAUUUUGGUGGAACAAAUUUUGCCCGAACAGCUGGUGGUCCACUUCAGAUAACAAGUUAUGAUUAUGAUGCUCCAGUCAACGAGUAUGGUUUCUUAAGGCAGCCUAAGUGGGGACAUCUGAAAGAUCUACACACAGCUAUCAAACUUUGUGAACCAGCUCUCGUUGCAGUGGAUGGCUCACCUCAAUAUGUAAAGUUAGGAUCAAUGCAAGAGGCACAUGUAUAUUCCAAUGGAAAAGUUCAAACAAACAGAAGCAUGGCAAGAAAUGGACUGAUUUGCUCCGCUUUUCUUGCCAAUAUUGAUGAGCAUAAAUAUGCAUCUGUCUGGAUCUUUGGUAAAUCUUAUAAUCUGCCACCAUGGUCUGUGAGCAUACUGCCAGAUUGUGAGAAUGUGGCUUUCAAUACUGCACGCGUAGGUGCACAAACUUCGGUUUUUACGUUUGAAUCUGGGUCCCCAAGUCAUUCAAGCAGACAUAAGCCUAGUAUUUUAUUACCUGGGGUUGGUGGGUCUUAUUUCUCGGGUACUUGGUGGACUUCUAAAGAGAUCAUUGGUACAUGGGGUGGUGAAAGCUUUGCUACCCAGGGAAUAUUAGAGCACUUGAAUGUAACAAAGGACACAUCUGACUACCUGUGGUAUACUACCAGUGUAAACAUUUCGGAUGAGGAUGUUGGAUUUUGGAGUUCAAAAGGGGUUCUUCCUGCACUAAAAAUAGACCAAAUUCGUGAUGUAGCUCGUGUGUUUGUAAAUGGAGAGCUUGCAGGUAGUCAAGUUGGUCACUGGGUGUCACUCAAGCAACCGGUUCAAUUUGUUCAAGGUCUUAAUAAGCUGACAUUGUUGUCAGAAAUUGUUGGCUUACAGAAUUAUGGUGCUUUCUUGGAGAAGGAUGGAGCUGGAUUUAGAGGUCAAGUAAAACUCACUGGAUUGCCCAAUGGGGACAUUGACCUGACUCAUUCCGUUUGGACAUAUCAGGUGGGGCUGAAAGGCGAGUUUUCUAUGAUUUAUGCUCCUGAGAAGCAGGCAUGUGCUGAGUGGAGUAACAUGCAGAUUGAUGAUACACUGUCACCCUUUACAUGGUACAAGACCAUGUUUGAUGCCCCUAAAGGUACCGACCCUGUUGCCAUCUAUCUUGGGAGCAUGGGAAAGGGGCAGGCUUGGGUGAAUGGGAAUUUAAUUGGACGCUACUGGUCAAUAGUAGCGCCAGAAUCUGGGUGCCCAUCUACAUGCAACUACCCAGGAGCGUAUAGUGAGAGCAAAUGUCAAUCAAACUGUGGAAUGCCGACACAAAGCUGGUACCACAUACCACGAGAAUGGCUGCAGGAGUCGGACAAUCUUCUGGUAUUGUUUGAAGAAACAGGGGGUGACCCCUCGAAGAUAUCACUGGAGGUUCAUUAUACCAAAACAAUCUGCUCAAGGAUAUCAGAAAGUUAUUAUCCUCCCCUUUCUGCUUGGUCACGCCUUACCAGUGGUCAUGUCUUGGUUGAUACUAUAGCACCAGAACUGCGCUUACGGUGUGAUGAUGGGCAUUUGAUCACUAAGAUUACAUUUGCGAGCUAUGGAACUCCGUCAGGUGGUUGCCAGAACUUCUCCAUAGGAAAGUGCCAUGCUUCAAGUACUCUUGCCUUGGUAUCAGAGGCGUGCGUGGGCAACAGCGAAUGCACAAUCAGUGUUUCGAACGAUAUAUUUGGUGAUCCAUGCCCACGAGUUGUCAAGGAUUUAGCAGUUGAGGCUGAGUGCUCGCCGUCAUCAGCCACCAAAGAAGCUCGAGACGAGAUGUGAUGUGGAAUUCUCGUGACAAGCUGGUGCAAGGGAGCGUUUCGCUCGAUCCAUAGUUGUUCGUGGUGUUGGUGUAAAGAUAAUCCUACUAGUGAAGAAAUAAGGACAGCAAAACAAACAAACAAACAAACACAUACCACCCCUAUUGUGCCAUCCUUGUACCAUUGUUUGUUACUGGAGAUUUGAUUUGAUUAAUGGUGAACUACACUUCGGAAA